UUGCAUCAUCGGUUCAUGGAAGGUUUAUCAGAUCAUUCCUGUUAACUACAUCCAUUGAUACGCUCAUCUCAUUUAAGAUCUGAGAAGCCACUAUCGAAUCUCAAAGAGAAGCCCUUUAAGACCAACCGAGCUUAUUGCCUCACCUUGUUGGGUCUAUACCCGCCAACAGAGUCUGAGUUUUUUAUUACUACAAGAACUGCGCAGUCUUCCAAGAUACGCCAUCAUGCUUCUUAUCGGUCUCACGGGUUCAAUUGCCACAGGCAAGACGACAGUGUCGUCAAUGCUCUCAUCACAACCCUACAAUCUCCCGAUCAUAGAUGCAGACAUUCUAGCGCGCAAGGUUGUGGAGCCGGGAACUCGUGGGUAUGAAGCUAUUGUGAAACACUUUGGGCCUACGACACCCGAACUUCUCGUGCAGCCAUCAGAGAAGAUGCCAGAGGAUGGACCGGACGGCAAAGGCAGACCACUCAACAGACCAGCAUUAGGGAGACGAGUAUUUGGCGACUCAGAGGAGCGAAAGAAGGACAGAGCAGUUCUCAAUCGCAUCGUUCAUCCGGCUGUUCGAUGGGAGAUGUUCAAGUCCGUCGUCGGAUGUUACUUCAGAGGCCAUUGGGCUGUGGUUCUGGAUAUCCCACUCCUUUUCGAGAGUGGCCUCGAUCGCUUCUGCGGCGUCACAGCUGUAGUCGCAGUCCACGACCCAGCAGUUCAGAUGCAGCGUCUGCGUGCGCGUGAUCCUCACCUUAGCCCAGAAGAUGCCGAGAACAGAGUGCGUAGCCAGACAGAUGUUCGAGAAAAAGCCCGACGAUGUGAAGAACGAGGAGAAGGCAAAGGGAUUGUGCUUUGGAACGAUGGGUCACGAGAAGAGCUAAAGGAGCAACUGGAUAAGGCCAUCAAGGAACUGAGAAAAGCGAGCCCCGAUUGGUGGUCAUGGUUAUUGCUUGGAUGUCCUCCUCUGGCAGUUGCAGUUGCGACGUGGAGGUUCUGGCAGAAUCUUAUCAUUAAUGAGAGAUGGGAGGAGAUGAAGUUGAAUGCGAAGCUGUGAUAGUGAAUUAUAGGUGCCUUAGGGAGUUUGUUUGUUUGCUUUUAGUAGUUGGAUGGUGGAUAAUAGGCAGGUACUAGUGAAUUAUAUACACAAGGAGGAAGGAGCCCCAACUCAAGCUCGCUCCUGCCUCUUUUCUCAACCACGAACCAACCCUUUUCAUCUCAGCGC